GUCAUGUUUGCCUAUUUUUAUUAAUGGAUUAUUGUCACAGCCACCAAACUUGUGUCUGCGCAUGUCUUGUCCAGCCACCGGGUACCUGUGCAAGACUCCCCCGUUUGACACUAGACGCUGCUACCAGAUGUACACCAGUUCUCAACUGUCUUGGAACGAGUCGUCUGCAGCCUGCAGCACCACAGGACAGCGCCUGGCUUCCUUGGAAAACGAGAAACUUCUGAAGUUUGUCAACGACAGUGUCGGAUUCCUCGGCUACACCUGGGUGGGUCUUUAUCGGACGAGCAGUGGACAGCCGUUGAUGUGGACGAAUGGUCAGCAGCUGGCCACCAAGCUCUACCCAAAAGUUUUUGUCGAUGCCAACAUGGUUACCGGACUGUCGUGCUCCACAUUCAACGGACUCAAUGUGGUGAUGAACAUGAAGUGCGACUACACGUACUACAGGAUCUGUGAAACGUACAAAUCUAAUAUUUUUCAACGUAAGCCCGUUGGUCACAUGGUGAAUGACGUCAGCAAUGGUCAGCCAAUGGCUUCGAAAGUCAUCUCCAUCAUCGAGUGCGUGCGCAACUGUAAAAGCGACUUGUCGUGCGAUGCGGUCAGUCACGAUGGCGUCACGUGCAAACUGCAUGUCCAGCAGGCGGGUCACAACAUCACCGUGACAUCCAGUGAAGUUACAUAUGUACGGAUGAGUUGA